AUGGCUCCUCCAAGUACUAUCGAGACCCACACAAACACUAUCAGUAUGCAAGCACCACAGUCAUCUCAAGCGGCCGGUGCCGAAAAGGCCAAAGUCAAGAUGCAAAUCCCCAAAAUGCCUGUGUUUGAGGAUAAGAUGAAGGAGCGAGAGUAUCUAAAAGGCCGUCUCGCAGCAGCAUUCAGAAUCUUCGGCGACAAAGGAUACGACGAGGGCGUCGCUGGACACAUCACCGUGCGCGAUCCGGUGGAUCCGGAAACCUUCUGGGUGAAUCCCUUCGGCACGGCAUUCAAGCUGAUGAAGGCAUCAGACUUAAUCCAGGUCGACCACGCCGGCAACGUCAUUGCGGGCGGAGAGAAUCGCAUUCUGAAUGCCGCUGCAUUUAUGAUCCAUUCCGCUAUUCAUGCAGCCCGGCCCGAAGUGAACUGUGCGGCACACAGUCAUAGUCUCCACGGACGGGCGUUUUGCUCGCUGGGCCGACCGCUCGAUAUCAUCUCGCAAGAUGCCUGUGCUUUCCACAAUGACCUCGCUCUCUAUUCAUCAUUCAAAGGAGUCGUGCUAGCCGAGGAAGAAGGCCAGAACAUUGCCAAAGCUCUAGGUAACAAAAAGGCAGCGCUCCUGCAAAACCACGGCCUUUUGACUGUCGGAAACACCAUCGAAGAAACAGUGUUCUGGUUCGUCAGUCUGGAAAAAUGCUGCUACGCUCAACUCCUAGCGGAUGCAGCUGCUACCGGACGAGGUGGCCAAACGGUAAAAAUUGAAGAAGCUGAUGCUGCAUUCACUUACAAAACAGUGGGAAUUCCGAUGGCCGGAUGGUUUAGUGCAAAACCCCUGUUUGAUGUGAUCCACGCCGAGACUAAGGGGGAAUACUUGGAAUGA